AUGGACCGCAAAAGACCGGUCCUAGGUGGUUCGGUUCGGUUCCCUCAAUAUCUGGCCUUGAAUGGUGCACUCAAAGGCAAUACUCGUUACCGAUUUGCCUUUACAGAAGGGGGUUAUCGCAGCUACCACGGACGUCGCCCCAAGAGAGGGGGCCGCUCUGCAGCGGACGAUCGGACAACCAUGUUGGACAAAGAAACAGGAUUUUGGGUCCCAAUCCCAGCGAAUUACACGGCCCCUCACACGCCAGAAGAUCUCAUUGAGGCAGAGAACGACAUACGCAUUCAGGAUCGUCGUUGCAUCGCAUAUGUCCACCCAGAGACUCGCAAAGCCUUCAAGGAACUCAAUGCCUCUCGUGAGCCCGGCGAUCCGGAGAUCCACCCUCUCCACGUUUAUGAUAUUUCAGAGGGGGAAGAGGCAGCGUUGGUGGCAGGCCUCAAAGGGGAAGAGGCAGCCUACAAGUUCCGAAAGCCCUGGGAGGAGGGCCACAGCCGCUACCAAGGCUCCUUACCUCAAGAAGGUGCCCAAAAUGCUGCAGAUAGGCGUACGGAAAUGUGGGACAACGAAACACAGAUGUACUGCAUGCUCCCUGCGGGUUACAUGGCCCCACACGACCCCCAGGACUAUGUUGACGCUGUCAACCAUGAACUGGCUCGAGCUGAGCAGCAUCGUCGCUCUGCAAUUAUUCUUGCACGUCGCCAACUUCGUCCACGUAAGGAAGAAGGGAAGAAGGAGAAAGUCACAGCAUUAGAGGACUGGGAAGCCCCAGAUCCCAUGAUCGAGAGUGACGUCACUGGGUCCGAUUAUGAAGAGGGACGGCGUGAGGAAGAAAAGACGAGGGACUGGCAUAAAUCGAGGGGACAGUCGGUUACGGACACUGAAGAGGAUGACACGAAGAUUGACGAGGAAGAUGCCAAAGAAGAACCAGACUUGGAGUGCGAGGAGGAAGAAGCGCGUGAGGAGGAAGAACAGCGUUCCAAAGGCAAGAAACCUUUGGUUACGGACACCGAGGAGGAAGACGAACGCGACUUGGAGCGUGACGAGCAGGAAGAAGCGCGAUCCAAAGCCGCUCGCCUUUUGUUAUCGACAAUGAAAACAGAAGGGAAAGUACACACCUCAUCCGCCCACUGGAAGGACUUAACGGCGUCAUACACACCUUCCCAGUUGGACGCCGCAUCCAUCUUGAGCAGCUACGGACUCACAUUGAUCCCCGACGCCCUGCUCCCAGACCUUGAAGAGGUUUCUUCGACAAAGCCUUCACUCCUGGAAACGGCAUUGUAUCCGAUGUUCGGCCAGGUCGUCUGGCAAGUCGCACAUAGGUUGGGCCAUCUCUAUGGCCGUUCUUCGGACUUCGCCAUGGAGAAAGCAGGUCUUCUGCGCAAAGAGAAGCGAGCUCCAAACCGCUACAACCUGUUUAAAACUUUUGCUAGCAGGACGAAACCAGAGGAGGGAGAUCAUGAAGGCCUCCAGCUCUGGAACAGGGCCACGAAUGAGGAGUACAAGAAGCUUAUGGAAGGAGCGACAACAAAAGAAGAGAAAGAUGAACGGAUGCAGGAGGCCGUUAGUUUCAUCAAGAAUCAAGUCAACGAAGAAGGGACCAAUGUCUGUGACGCGAACCUUCGCUUCGCGUCUCACAUGAAGGAAAUUCGCGAUCUUAUCACCAAUAUCAAACGUCGCGACAAAUCUUUCGACAUUGCUGGUAUCUUGGUCUACAGCGGCAGAAAUCUAACGGCUGCUAUGCAUGCGGACCAGCAAAUUAAGCAGUCGAUGGAGGAACUAAAUGUGACUCCCUCGACUACAGCUAGCUCCUCAAUGGCUCGCGCCCGGACCAGCCUUGCAUCUGCUUUGAAGAAGGAGGCUUCUUCGGAUAAGGAUGUGCUACCUUACACGAAGGAACGUCAGAAACAAUUCACGCGAUUGUUUCUUGAUCUUUUGAAUGGGUGCUUGGCUGAAAAGGAUCGACGCACGUCGGCCCCUUGGACCACGUGGCCCAAUCUCGCCUACCAAUUCAAACUGGUUAUCACAGGUUGGGAUUCUGCUAUGGUCGACAUAGCCUUCUGCCCGGGAUUUGCACCUACCAAGAUCACAAGCUCUCAAUGGAAGCACCUAUCGACUCUGAUUGUAAAGAAGCUCUUGGUGGUGAAGCCCUGGUCUGACGGCAAGCUUACUGAUGCAGCUGAGAACCGGACACAUACCACUCAAUGGUUACCUAUAUCGCAUAACAAAGUCAACCACCAGCCGCUGCGACGCAUGUUGGAGGAGAAGGAGACAGGAAGUAGCGGAGACAGUGGUACACUAUCUAUUCGAGUGCCAAGAAUACGCGGCAGAACGGAAACAUGUAAACGACGCAAGACACUUGGAAGACAAACUGGCGCUGCGGCCAGCGGAAGACGAAACACCAACCAGCCGGACUGCAAAGUUAAGCAGAAGACAGGACUACCCCGCUCGCCUAUAGGAUGCACCUCUAAACGGCGUUUCCGUGCCGGACUAGGAAGGGGAAUGAUCGCCAUGGGCGUGCCCUCUCCAGUGCAAGAGCAAAGACUAAUCCCAGAGAGUGAAGCUUGCUUCGGCGAGAUCCCUGUCAUUAUUAACUCCGAAGGUCUUCCAAUGGUCUUUGUCAAAGACUCGACUAAAUGGGUCCGUCACAAUUGCUCUAUUUCGGCCCCAACGAAGAAGCGCGAUCAGAAAGGUGAUACAUCUUCCCCUGUCAGUUCUUUCCCUUCGUCUCCGGCGUUGUCCACGAAGAAGCGAUCACAUGACACCGCCAUGGCCUCGCCUGAAGAAGAACUCAAGCACAAGUCCACAAGAGAGUACCGCCCUCUGCCGAAACAACCAGAAGUGGAACCUCCCGCUAAACGCCAACGUCACGUCUCCUUCACCUCCCUUCCCGAUAACAUGUUUUAUACCAAACUUCGACGAGCUGAACAUCCAAUCUCCUUCUUUGACCCACUCAAGAACCAGAAAACACCGGCUUCAUCGUCUCGUUCAGUCUCUCAACCCUUCGCUAGUUCUUCAGGUCACGUUGCCUCAUCAUCUCGAUCAGUAUCUCAGCCUUUUGCUAGUACUUCUGGCCAUGCUCGUGUUUCAGGCAAACGUGCUGGGCCAGGGAAGAACUCUCAAGAUUCAGCUGUGUCCCCUCCUUUUGCCUUUGUCCACCUACACACCUCACUCCACCCUUUUUUCCUUUUUUCGAUCAAGGCACUUGCUUGA